AUGUUUGGGAGAGAAGAAUUGUGGAGUGAAGACGCUGGAGACGUAGAGGUCACCGGGCGAAAGAAAAAGAACAAAGGGUACUGGCAGAUGUUGCUGUACUUUCUGGGAGCCUCGAAGCUCGCUAUGCUCUACGCGAUAGUAAACGCUGUUGCUGCUAUCGCUGCCAAGGCUCUGAUCGUUGCUAAAGUCGCCCUCGCCAUUGCAACAGCGAUUGCUCUGACGAAAGCCUCUGGACACAAGGAGAAAGUGUCCUACGAGAUAAUUAAACACCCCUAUCACAGCUACGAGCAAACUCAGAGCGCCAGCUACGAUUACGACCAUCAUGGCGGAUUUGAGGAAAACGAUUUGAACUACCGGAAACGACGAAGAAUUUACUGA